UCACUUCCUGCCUGGCUCUUCUCUUGGAGAUAAGCGGCUCCCUGGAGAAGUGCGGCAGUUUCAUUCGCCUUUAAACUGCAGCAGAAGCAGCAGCGGCGCUGCAGUGUCUUUGGCCCUCCUGGGGUCUGCCAGCACAUUUCCUACUCUGCAAGCCUUCGGCCUGGGCAUAGUGAUCCCUAUUUGGCUUCGCUCAUUCUAUGAACUUCGCUCCUUCUGAACAUGUCCUCAGAAUGCUGAAAACCAUUCCCAGAAGCAGAGAAGGGAUGAGGACUCCGUGAAAGGCAAAGAGAUCAAAGAUGGAACAGCAAGACCCAGCUACCCCUGAAGCAGGACUUGGCCCUGAUGCCAUCAAGCCUGAGACCCAUGGGGAGGAAUUCUUGGGGGGAAACGUGCAGAAGAUCUUGGGGUAGAACCCCCUCAGCUCAGAUGUGCAGCGCCAGCAGUUCCGGCGUUUCCGCUACCAGGAGGCUGAGGGGCCCCGAGAGGCUUGCAGCCGACUCCACCUUCUUUGCCGUGAGUGGCUGAAGCCAGAGCGACACUCAAAGAACCAGAUCCUGGACAAGGUGAUCCUGGAGCAGUUCCUGGCUGUCCUAUCCCCAGAGAUGGAGAGCUGGGUGAGGGAAUGUGGAGCGGAGACCAGUUCCCAGGCGGUGGCCCUGGCAGAAGGUUUCCUCCUGAGCCUGGCAGAGGACGAGAAGCAGGAAGAGCAGCAGGAAAAGGGUCUCUAUGCAGAAAUAGGAACUGAUCUCCCUGAGGCAGAGAGGACACCAUCGGACCCCAGGCAGAGGCUUCUGGGUGAUGGAAUCAUAUCAGCAAGACCUACUAAAUCAUCUCCCCUUUCUGGUGGAGGAGAAGCUGUUGCUGUCUCCCCAGAUCAGGAUCCAGUGUCUUUGGAGGAUGUGGCUGUGCAGUUCAUGGAAGAGGAGUGGGCUUUGCUGAAUCCUGACCAGAGAGCUCUGCAUAGCGAAGUCAUGGAUGAGAUUUGUAGGACUCUGUCCUGUCUUGAAGGUGAUGAAUGGAAAGCCAAGAGGAAGGAAGAACUUUGUGGGAAAGAGAGACAGGAAAGAGACAGAUCUGAAAACAAGGAAGAGCAGAGAAGGAAUCCUGAAGCAGAAGAGAACAGGAGGAAUAAAUCUUGUGCUUCUCACGGCAGUGGCUACCAUAAAACUGCCAUCCGAGAAAAAACAGAUCAAAGAAGAAAAAGAAAUAAAUUAUUUAUUUAUUUAUUUAUUUUAUUUUAUUUAAUUUAUAUACCGCCCUAAGCCCAAGGGCUCUCU